AAUUAGAGUUUUUGGCGCUAAAAUGGGCAGUCACCUCCAAAUUUAGCGACUACCUGUAUGGUGCAGAAUUUACAGUCAUAACAGAUAGCAAUCCCUUGACGUAUAUACUAACUUCAGCAAAGCUUGAUGCCACUAGUUACCGUUGGCUGUCCAGCUUGUCAACCUACAACUUUAAGUUGCAGUACAGAGCAGGUAGCCAAAAUCAAGAUGCUGACGGGCUUUCCCGACGACCACAUGGUGAGCUCCUAGAUGACAUGGUCUCACAGAAGGAGAGAGAAAGGAUUAAGCAAUUCACGCUCCACCAUCUUGCAGGACCAGGACCCGAGUCAUCGGUUCUCAUGGCAGAUACCAUAAAAGCAAUCUGUGAAAGACAUCAGGUGUUGGGAUUAUCUCAGAAUUCUAGUCCUUCUCACUCUUCACUUACCUUGAUUGAAUCUCUUACAAAUGAUGAGGAUGCUCUGCCGAACGAGUUCCAACAUGAAGAUAGACAUGGUCUUCCAGAUCUUCCUCACCUUUCAGAAGCUUCCUUAGUAGACCUACAGAGGAAGGAUCCAGAAAUAAGAACCGUUAUUAAAGAGUUGGAGAAAGGCAAGAAACCUUGUAACCUGAGGAAUCAACCACCUACCAUGAAUUUGUGGUUUAAAGAGUGGAACAGACUUGAGCUGAGAAAUGGAGUGCUCUUUAGAAGGAGACAGGAGAGUGGAGCCUCUCAUUACCAGUUAGCACUGCCCACCGCAUUGAGAGACAUGGUGUUGAAAAGCCUUCAUGAUGACAUGGGUCACCUCGGUAUUGACAGGACCUUGGAUCUCGUCAGGUCAAGAUUCUUCUGGCCGAAAAUGUCACAGGCAGUGGAAGGAAAAAUUAAAACUUGUGAACGCUGUGUCCGUAGAAAAACACCCCCAGAAAGAGCAGCUCCUUUGGUAAACAUCCAAACUAGCAGACCCUUAGAGCUGGUAUGCAUAGACUUUCUGUCGCUGGAGCCAGACCAAAGCAACACCAAAAACAUACUGGUUAUCACGGACCACUUCACAAAAUACGCUGUUGCGAUACCAACUCGGAACCAAACUGCUCAAACUGUUGCUAAGAGUUUAUGGGACCAUUUCUUGGUGCACUAUGGGUUUCCAGAGAAACUACAUAGUGAUCAAGGGGCUGACUUCGAGUCACAUACCAUAAAGGAGUUGUGUAAGGUCGCAGGAAUUCACAAGAUAAGGACUACCCCAUACCACCCACGGGGCAAUCCAGUGGAACGAUUUAAUCGUACUCUUCUACAGAUGCUGGGGACACUGGAAAAUGAAAAGAAAUCUCGCUGGAAAGAGUUCGUAAAGCCUCUAGUGCAUGCAUACAACUGUACCCGAAAUGACACCACUGGGUACACUCCUUACGAGCUCAUGUUCGGACGACAGCCCCGCCUGCCUGUUGAUCUGGCUUUUGGAUUGCCAACGGACACCCCCACCAAGUCGCACUCUCAAUACGUGCAGGACCUAAAGAACCGGUUGCGUGAAAGCUACGAGGUAGCUGUUAAAAAUGCUGGAAAGGUAGCUGAGCGUAAUAAAAGAAGAUUUGACAAUCGUGUGGUUGCUUCCACAUUGGAGGAAGGAGACCGAGUUCUUGUAAGGAAUGUGCGGUUGAGAGGAAAGCACAAACUGGCUGAUAAGUGGGAACAGGAUGUCCAUGUUGUUGUCAGACAAGUCAAAGAUCUGCCAGUAUACACAGUCCAAUCAGAGAGAGGGAAUGGUCCUCUUCGGACCUUGCAUCGAGAUCUAUUGCUGCCAUGCGGGUUUUUGCGACCAAGCAAUCCCGAAGAACAACCAAAGCAGAAAGUUCGAAAGCCAAGAACCAGAGCUUCUCAUGAUAAUGAAGGGAAACAAGAAUCAGAGUUUGCUUCUGAAUGUUCACAAUCUGAGGAUGAACAAACUCCAUGUUAUGUACCUGGGAGAAUAUUGGGCUCUGAAACACAAAUCAUUACAGGCCUUGAGCACUUACCUGUCCAGAAACCUGUGGAAAGAAAUCCUGAAGAACCUUUAUUGACGUACUUACCUGUCCGGGAACCUGUGGAGAAAACUGUUAAUGAACCUAUAGGAGUGGAAACAUGUGUGGAUGAGGUUGAAUCAAAUUGCACCAACCCAGAAAUUACUGUGGAGCAAAUAUCAGAACCAGAACAAUCCUCUAUGUCCCUGAAUGAAUACCCUACUCAAGUUCAAACAGCACCUAUUAAUUCUGAAUCAGAAAGUGAAGAGAGAAAUCUGACUUCAAAUGAAACAAGCCACACUCGAGACACUGAAAACAAAGAAAGGAGAACUGAACCUGAAAACAAUGUUGGCCCCAGACGCUCAGAGAGAGAGCGACGCCCCCCUAAGAAAUUUGAAUACCCCCAGUUAGGGAAUCCACUUACCUUAGUGAUUCAGUCCUUGUUACAGGGUCUAAAUGAAGCUUUUAGUUCUUCUUUAGAAGAGUCAGCCGUAGCCCCCAUAGUCCACUUAUAAAUGCAACGGGACGUGCAUAUGUUCCAGAGGGGAGAGUGUAACCUAGGUUACUAUAGCUCAUGCCAAACCUAAAAAAAAAGGAGAAAAGAGAGAAAAUAAUUUAAAAUUCACAAAUAAUUUUGUAUUUAUUUAUUUUAAUAUAUAAAGAGUUAAAUAUUGUUGAACGAAUGUAGAAAGUGUCACAAAUUGAAAAAACGAAUUAAAUUAAACAAUUCGGAAUAGCUCCGCCCCCAGAGUGUUGCAUCAUCUCUAGCGCGGAGCGGAACAGUCAGUCUCUCGUAACAGAGCGAGGUGAAAUGGCCGCUUGAGCAGUGAUGCACGUCAAUCGCAGUUCUAAAGUUAAGAAAGUAAGUGAGUGUUAUUAGAUUAAUUAUUGAAACGCAUAGUUUAAAGCAUCAGUAUGAAGGAAAUGUUAUUUAAAUAGUUUUAAUUGCGUUUGUGUUGACUCUAAGGAUUAAAAGAGAAGUUGAGCUGAUUCGUCUGGUAAAACUGAUUCCCUUGAUACAUCGAAAUCGUUUCUGAUUGUUGUCGAUUUAUUUUUGGUAAGUGAGCUCAUAAAUCCUCCCUAUUUAGCUAUAUGAUUUGUGUAUUUUCAAUCUUUUGUGGAGUUGAGUGUUCUUAAAUAAUACUGUGAUGUAUAUAUCUCGUGAAAUAUGUUGAUAAAUGAGUUUAUAUGUAAAUUUAUCACUUAAAUAUGCUGUUGAUCUGCUGUUUACAAAUGUUUAUAUCAAUUUUCUAACUUUGUGAGUGUGACAAGUGUAACGUAGCUCACGUGGAGUUUUUGCUAACCAUGCGGGCCACGUGCUACGAGCUAAUUGAGUGCACAUUCGUCACUUUAUGACAUUAUUCUUCAUUAAUAGUUAUAUUUCUGUUGAAAUAUAUGAAAAAAGAGAAGAAUGUGUUAAAAUGUGUAAAAUGUGUAGCAUUUUAAAGCAUUUAAUGUGUUGAAAGUGAUCAUUUGAAAUAUUAAUGUUGUUGUAUGAAAAUUAAUUGUGAUUUUCUGCCUUGUUUUUGCAAGGUUGGGUUUUUUUUUCUUCCUCUCUUUUGUUUUCCCUCUCCAUCAUCUUGUUCCUGGUCCUUUUACAUCUCUCUGGAAACUGAACGAGGAUUCGUUCAGAACCGUUUCUGCCAACAACGAGUAGUGCUCAGUAUUGGUGGAGACUGGCGAGCCAACCUGGUUUUCUCGAGCUUGUAUAUUUGAUUGUUUCUUCAAAGUGGUAGGAUCUCACUUAUUCUGUGAACAAGAACUGUGUUUUCCCUUUUGCAUUUUUUCAUCUUGGAACUGUGUGUUUGCGCUCCUUACACUAACUGAACAUUGAAACAGGAGUACGAAGGAACACUGAGUUAAACUCUUGUUAAGUUGCUUGAGUUUAUUCCAAAGACAUUCCAGUCGGUUGAAAAGGACUCUGAUUCUGUGUCAUUUUGCACUUUAUUGGGCAUUGUUUCUGCUGUUAUUUUGUUUUUUUUUUGUUUUAUUCGUUCUCUUCUAUUGAAGCUGUUCUGAAAAGAGAGCACAAGUUGCUAUGAAGCUGUGAUUUGUGUAAAUGGGUCAUACCAUCUGUUUGUAAAAGAAAAGUGUGUUCAAAGGUAUACAGCUAACCAAACCAAGCUAGAAAAUUGAACUGAGUGAAUUAGGAAUACUAAAGUUAAUUAAAUAAUAGAACAAAAUAAAUAACUAAAUUCAUAGUAGCAAAUUAAAUAUACUAAAUACAUAAAUAUUUUAUACAUAACUAAGGAAAUAAAUAACACACAAAGAGUCAAUAACUGAACGGUUUCAUUUAAAGGAGUUUAUUAACAAAGGGGUGUUAUUUUGAAAUACAUUGUUGUUUCAUUCA